AUGUGCUCCUUGUGUGCCUUGUCCUUUGCUUCUCUUUCUUGGAAAUCUCAGUGGCUGCUUCUGUGUACACAGAGGUGUGCCAAAGCUGGGUUUCAGAACAGAUGUUUGAAGUUCUGUGGGAUCUGCUGCGAGAAGUGCAACUGUGUGCCAUCUGGGACUUAUGGAAACAAGGACGAGUGUCCUUGCUAUAGGGACUUGAAGAACUCCAAGGGCAAGGGCAAAUGCCCUUGA